CUCUGUUUUCUCACAACAUAAUCCUUAAUUCAAAGAAUUCUUUGGAGUGGACCGUCGCACGGUUGGUGAGGCAGUUUCCGGCGCGACCGCUCGCGGGAUCCAUCAAGAGUAAUGCCAGUGAGAGUGGUAGAGACCUCCGCACCUUCCCAAGUACCGGGUGCAAAUGGUGGAGACAGAUCACCUUCUGCUUGUAUGCUUCUGAGUGUUGGACAGGCCUUUUCUGGAACUCAGAAUGUUUCUAGUCUACAAAAGGAUGAAGCAUGGAGAGUUAAUGUGCGUAUCCAAGGCUGUGACCUUGAUCAUGGAUAUUUAUGUGGCACUAUGGAAGCUCUUAAUGUUCCUAUGGCAGACACCCCAGUUGUAACUUUCUGGGAAGGAGAGAUUGUUGAUACCAAGAACUACACUUUCUUCACGGGCAAAUGGGAAGCAACGCCAGAAGAGGACAUAAGGCAUUGGACCAAAUUUCCAUCUUUUGCGCCACUUUUGAGUCAAGUGGAGGUUGACGGUGGCAAAACAUUGGACUUGAGUAACUAUCCAUACAUAUUUAUGAGAUGGAAGGAGCAAUACUUUGUGAAUGUUGGAACAGACUGUGGAUUGACUAUAGCUGGAUUUUACUAUGUUUGCUUCUCUUGUAGUGAUGGCUCCAUCAAUGGCUUCUAUUAUGAUCCCAAUAGCAGCCCAUUUCAGAAGCUUGAGCUGAAAUCCACUAAUGAGGGAAGAUCAGGUUUCAGUUUUUCAUCGUAUGAGUUGCAGUAAAUGGAUCCUAGGCGGUUGAUUCCAAGAGAAGCACUUUAGUUGAAUUUCAGCAUCCUAUUGUGCAUUGAUGACUGUAGAGCGCUCUCAGUUGUCUCUAGCGCUGUAUAAUGCUUUUUGAAGUCAGGUGAGUUUGUUUACUUGCAUUUCUGGAGCUGCUGGAAGUUGGAGGACUGGAAGAGCUCCAAAAGUUGUUAAAUGUGAGGAUUGUAUCACAAGAAUUCACAAGAUGUGCUUGAACUUUAUUUAUUUUCAUACUUCUACCUGGCUAUUACAUGACUUGAACUAAAUAUAUAGUGUGAUGAAAUUAUGCCUAUUGUUCCAA